UCACACGGUCACACCUUGUCUUGCGUCCAGCCACCCCACCGAAGCUCAAUCGCAUGCCCGUCCUCGAGAGUCGAAAACGCCCUAGCUCUAGUAGUACCUUCAACACCGCCCCCACCUCGAUUACCAACCAUUGCCGUUGAGCUCGCACAUCGGAGCUGCAUCCUCGGAGACGAAAUGGGACUAUGGCUUCCGUCACAAGUUCCGGCAAUGAAUGGCGAACGACAGGGGAACCAAAGAAGAGGAGGAGGACCAAGAGGGUGGUAACUUCCGGAAGGGGCCGUGGUGGCGUACAGUACUCCGAGCAGUCACGGCAGCUCCGCGCUUCCGAGACCGAGCUAAGGUCAUCCCUGGCGCCUGCCACUACUCUGCCGAGUUCGACUUCUUCGAGGAAAUCAUGCUCGGUAGGGGCGACGUGGUGCUUGAAACGAUUAACGAAGCUGGCAAAAGGGUUGGCUAUCUUGUCGGGUCCCAGAUACUGUGCAUUACAUCGCCGGUCUUUCGUGCGAUGCUGGGGCGCGCUUCGUCUUUCAAGGAAGGCAUCGAUACACGGCGGGCGGCGAUCCUCGGACACCACCGUCCAGCCGUCAUCCGGUUGGAGGACGACUCCGACGCACUCGGACUGGUACUGAGAGUACUCCACCAUCGAUACGACUUUCCGGAUGAGGAUGUCGGCUCCCAGCGGUUCGUGAAAAUUACCGAGAUCUGUUGUAAAUAUGAACUGCGCAAGCCAUUCCAGGCACUGGCGGAUGACCUCAAGGAGUUACUGGACCUGGAACAUGUGGUGACAGCAACGAACGGAUAUGAGGAUUGUGUGCUGAUCUCAUAUGUCUUUGGAUACGAACGGCUCUUCACGGUUGCAACGAAGGAGGUGAUCUUGUGGUCGAGAAAGGGAUUGCACUUCGAGCACAACCAGCGACUCUCCGCCAGCACCCCGUCCAGCACCAUCGCACAGUUAGAGCAGGAGCGUAACAACAGGGCGAACAUCCUUCGCACGCACAUCGAAUCGAUCCAAACCGAGUGGAGUGCCCCAUCAUCGCACAAGUGUUUGCGGGCGACGAACGGCGAGCACUGUGAAGCGCUCGGGCUGGGGAACCUCAUAAAGACCAUUGUCAGACUCAGGCUCAACGAGAAAGAGAGCUGGGACCAGGAACUGAAUGCAAUAUUCGCGGAACUCGGAAGAAUCCCCCCACUGCCCCUGGUUUCGCAUGAGCAAUGCGAUUGGGUUCCCGCGCUCCAUGACUUCGUGCAGAGUACUAGGAUGGGUGUCAAAGGAUUGAAGCUGUCGGAUUCCCCUCCCUAGGUGUGCCGGAAUCCAAAGUUUGGCUGGCAAGUACGAAAACCACCACCGGCUACUACCCUACUAACUACCCUAUUCGGCGGUGUACAUAACGUCUUCUCGAUCCACCCCUCACCGUGUCUAUGUUUUAUGAUCUCACAAUCACCUCCGCUCCGCUCGCGACUACAUACCCAUGAUGUUCGUUCUGUCUCGUGCCGUUUGCGUUAGUUUUCAUGCAUCGAUACUGUUCCGAUCACAUUUCUCUAUUCUGUUCUCUUUCUGUCAAUCGUUUCUUCGAUCUCUGUCAGCUUGGUGGCCAUCACAGUUUUUUUCGUUU